CCAACCUCUGAACUGACACCAACAUCAGCUCCAACACCAACAUCAGUACCAACACCAACCUCUGAACUGACACCAACAUCAGCACCAACACCAACAUCAGUACCAACACCUACAUCAGUUCCAACCCCAACAUCUGAACUUACACCAACAUCAGCACCAACACCAACCUCUGAACUUACACCAACAUCAGCUCCAACAUCAAUUCCAACACCAACAUCUAUUCCUCCUGGAACAUAUACCACAACAACAACCACAACUCCUGAACCUCCACCAACAUCUUUACCUACACCAACCUCUAUUCCAACUCCAACAUCAGUACCAACACCUACAUCUGAACUGACACCAACAUCAGCUCCAACACCAACAUCAGUCCCAACACCAACCUCUGAACUUACACCUACAUCAGUACCAACUCCUACAUCUGAACUGACACCAACAUCAGCUCCAACAUCAGUGCCAACACUAACAUCUUUCCAAACUCCAACAUCUGAAUUUACACCAACAUCACCUGUAGUAAGUGGCCCCACUGGACAUUCAACAAGCAACAAAGACCCUAAACCUGGCACUGUGUACUAUGUGGGUUACCUCAGUUUACAUGAGGACUGUUUGACUCCUUUGAUGCAGACACUUCUAGCCCAUACAACAUUCUAA